AUGGAGAUUCUUAAGGUUCGUUUGCGCUUUAAACGAGACAAAUUCAACAAAAACUUCAAAAUCAUAGCUUUGUUUAUAGCGGGCGCUAUUUUGUAUGUUUGUGUUUUUUUCGCCUCCUCUGACUGGAGAGCAGAUGUAAUCGAUCAAAUACAGAUACAAAGCCCAGGACGUAGCAAACGGUCCCCGGAAUAUUUUCCCCCCAAUCUUCAUGUCAACUUUAAAUCUAAAGGGGAAGAUGUGCUAUUGAGAUUAAAGAGAGCUGAGGCAGUAGAUGUUCCAGUUUACCUUGCUGAUAAUGGUCACGUUAAACAGACUCAACUAGAGAAUAAUAGUAUUUCUGCUAUCUAUCAUGAUAUCACAAGUGGAUUACCAAUUCAUGUCAAGGUAUCGGGUACGGGCGAAAAGUUCGGACAACUCUAUUCCUUGAAAUACCGCAAAUCACAUGUGGGAUUUGAUUCCCACAUGUCUUCUAAGUUCACAUCCGCAAUGAUUUAA